ACUUUGAUACGGCGGCGGUUGGCAGCUGAAAAGGGAGGAGGUCAGGAGGAUAUUGUUGGUGCUAUGAGGGCACAGGAAAAGGUGCAGCAGGCUGAUGAUUUGUCAGAUGAGGAGGAGGAGGAGAAGUAGUCAUUGUACUUUUGGAAAUAAAACACCGGACCGGUACUCCGACCUUAUCCACGAUGGCACCAACACCGUCUCCCGCCUGGGUGUAUCCCACCCUCUCCCUACGCAUUCCCGACCUCGCACACCCCGGCGUCCAUACAUUCCUCCAGCUCCUCGACCCGCACACCGCCCUAACUCUCGCCGUCGAAGCCACCCUGACGCAUCUCUACGACUCCUCUGCGAAUGCGCCGGUUGUCGGGAGCGUCGUCUUGGUGCUACGGAGCAUGGACGGCGUGGCGCACACGACGGGGAGCGAGACCCAUAAAGAGAUCCAUCUGAGUGUGGAUUACAUCGUGAAAAAGGGAGGGCCAGCGGAGGCGGUGCGGCACGAGAUUAUGGGUGUGUUGACGCACGAGAUGGUGCAUUGUUUUCAGUACAACGCGCGGGGGACGUGUCCUGGCGGGUUGGUCGAGGGUAUCGCAGAUUUCGUGCGUCUUCACGCUGACCUCGCCCCUCCACAUUGGUCCCCCGAUUCUGUCCCAGACAAAUGGGACGCUGGGUAUGAGCAUACAGCAUAUUUCCUCGAUUGGCUAGAGAAUAGAUAUGGACAAGGGACGGUGCAGGAACUCAAUGGACUGAUGAAGGACCGUGAGUGGGACGAACAGAUAUUCAAGGAGCUGACUGGACGGAAGCUGGGCAAGUUGUGGAAGAUCUAUGUUGGUAACCGGGACUCGGCCGUUUGAAAUACCAUUGCAAUAAAACUAGCCGACCGCCAGCGUAGAGCGGCCACGGCCUGGCACCGGCGGAACCUCUUUCUGGGAC